GUAAAAGUCCCUCCGCUCGGAAAUAGGAGGAUCGCUGAAGUCGCGGAAGCGAAGGCCUGCGGGGCCCGUCAACUGGAGAGCGGCGAUUCUGGGGCGGCGAGCAGGAGGCAGUUCACUCCGGCUUACGUUCUUCCGAGAGAGCCACAAAGCAACAGCCAUCCCUUCAUCAGCUGUCUGGCUUCUCCAGUUCCUGGUGUUAUCCUUUCCAUUUAUCAGCCUCCCUCAUCUUCCUGGUCCUCUUCUGUGCUGAGCUCCAGUGCUCUCCGUCCUGUGACCCACUCCUGCAGCAGGUGUAGCUCAGCCAGACCUCUUCUCUUCUGGUCGGCCUGUCGGGAUGGCGGGGCGAGGAGGACCGGCGCGAACCAAUGGCGCCGCCACCGCCGGAAACAAAAUCUGCCAGUUUAAAUUGGUCUUACUAGGGGAGUCAGCUGUGGGCAAAUCCAGCCUGGUCCUACGCUUUGUUAAGGGCCAGUUCCAUGAGUACCAGGAGAGUACCAUCGGAGCUGCAUUCCUCACACAGACAGUCUGUUUGGAUGAUACGACAGUAAAGUUUGAGAUCUGGGACACAGCCGGACAGGAGCGAUACCACAGCCUGGCCCCAAUGUACUACAGAGGAGCCCAGGCUGCAAUCGUAGUCUAUGACAUUACUAACACAGACACUUUCACUCGAGCAAAGAACUGGGUAAAGGAGCUACAGAGACAGGCCAGCCCCAACAUUGUCAUUGCACUGGCUGGAAACAAGGCUGACCUUGCUAACAAGAGAGCUGUUGACUUCCAGGAAGCGCAGGCAUACGCGGAUGACAACAGUCUGCUGUUCAUGGAGACAUCUGCAAAGACUGCCAUGAAUGUCAACGAGAUCUUCAUGGCCAUCGCUAAGAAGCUUCCGAAGAAUGAGCCACAGGGUGGGACAGGGCCUGGUGGACGAGCUAGAGGAGGAGUUGACUUGCAGGAGGCAGCACCUCAGGGCAGAUCCGGCCAGUGUUGUGGAGGCGGGAACUAAGCAUCCAACCAGUCAUCUGUCAAAUACAGCCGAGGAUCAACACAGACACAUUAUCAACACAACACAGUACCAACUCAUAGUUUGACAGUUAUGUCUAUUCACAGCCUAACUGGAAAAUCUAGUCAGUUAGACUGUGAUGCACAUCAGCAGCCCAGCAGAUUCUACUACUGAACUGACCAAAGGGGCCAUUGAUAUUCAUAACCACUUGUAAAUAUUUUGACCAAUUAUCCCUCCAGCCAGUAGACAGACUCCUCCAUAACACCUGUGUUUCAGAAUCAGUCGACUGGCAUUGCUGUAAACAGUUACGCUCCCACCAAAACAAAGAAAACAAAAAAAAGACAUGCCUUUUGGGGAACAAGGAGGGAAAACAACGAUCAGUUCUAUCGCACUUAAGCAGAGCUGUAAAGUUCUGUUCUGUUGUAGUCUGUAUUCAUGCAAGAAAAUCAAAAGUGCUGCAGGAGGGAAAACAAGCUUUCUUCCACUUUAUUUCCUCGUUCUCUCUAUCCACUGCGAGAUCAGCCUGAUCUUUACUGUUUGAACCGUUUGAUUAUUUAGUUCUUUUUUUUUCUGCUCUUCUGACUUCUUGUCAGUUGUUCUUGGGCCACUAUGCCCAACAGGAGGAAUGAGGGAGUGGGGAACUCGACAGAGCGGAUGAGAGGCCUGUGUUUUCCCUUCAUGCUCAGCAGUUCUGUAGAUUCUGUAUUAUUCUUGGUUAUUACUAUUGUUGUUAUUAUUGUAAUUAUUAUUAUGACUACCACUACUCCAGAACUAAUGAAUAAUGAAUAUGAUUUCAUAGGCUAGUUUUUUCCUCCCAGAUCAUUUACACGUGAGAUAUCAGACUGUAUAUGCAUAACGCAUUAAUGGACGUCAUAACACCAGUGUCUUUUAGCAUUAAAGAAAUGAGAUGUUUUCGAAAUAUUCAGUCAACAAACCUUGCGUUAAAAACAUUUAUAAUGCAAGACAAGAUUUGCCUCCUCUGACCAAAUCACGAUUUGUGUAUUGGAAAAGGUAACAAUGUUGCUGUAUUUGUACUCUGUAUUUUUUCUUCCAUUUCUUCUGCGAAAGUAUACCCAAUCACUAGCCAUUAUCAAUACAGUACCUUCCCAAAAACGGAUCAGUCGUCUUUUCUUCUUUCUGUUUGUGAAGAUAAUUUUUUUUUCUUCUUCUGUGAAAUGAUUUUUGUAAUGAAGGUCUCUCUGAGUGCACUGGCUGUCUGUUGUCCUCUGUGACUUUAUUUUUAUUUUUUCUCUCUCUUUAAAUUUUUUUUUUUUUUUUUUUUUUUUUUCAUAAAACAUUUUUUUUGACCAGCAUUUUCUCUUGUGAAUUAGCACAACAAAGGAGAACAACUGCCCAGGCUGAGUUUAACAGGGUCUGGACAAACAGUUUUGUGGGAUUCAUUAGAUGGGGGACACAACAAAAAACGACAAAAAAUCUUGUACUUGUAAUUUUACCAAUAAACAAAUGGGAAGGUA